AUGGCUACGAAACGUUGCACAGAUCCUGCCGGAAAUGCUCAAGGAUUUGCCCACUGGCAUUCAUUGUCGGGCAUUCGGUUACUGAUGCUACCGUUUGUCCUCGGAUGGUGCAGCACGUUUGCUCACAGUGCGAUGGAGGAGAUGAUGAUAGCGCCCAUAGAGGUAAUCGAGGAAUGGGGCUGCUACAACACCGAAAUACGGCUGACGUGUGGAAAUCUCGAGUCGAAAAUAGCGAUCCUUGAGGCACGGUUCACUCCUCGGUGCAUGGAACAGCGUACCGAGAACUGCGUCUACAUGGACGAGCACAGCAUUGCCCAUCCGUUCGCUUCGCAGAAGGUAGACAAGCUGAUCCUGGAGGAAACGGAAGCCGGAAGGCGCUUCCUGGCCACACUGCGGCGCAACCACGAACGAGAGCUGGAAGCGUCCGAUGGACCCGGCGCGCGGGAACUGACGGCGGACGGUGCGCAUCGGCGCGAGGGCACCACGAUUGUGGCCGCCCGUUCACUGGCCAAAGACAAGCGCAGCUCGCUGCGGGCUACGCUCGAGCACCUGAUAGUGCGCUAUCUUCGCCGGCUAACGAGUGACGACGAUGCCGACGGUGACGAUGGGGACGAGCCCGGUGGAUACGAAGUUGCCGCACGCUACCGAAGACAAUCGCUUCCGGCGACUGACUCCGGCGGUGUGAGUGCCACGGUGCCGGACGCGAGCACCGCUUCGAACCCACCGGCGACGGGAUUCUCCAACUCGAUGGAAAUUACACUGCUCACCAACGACACCGACACGAACCUCACCGAAUCGUGGGAAGAUGAACGGGAGCAGUGGGGCGAGGACCGUGCGGCCAGCAACCAGCAGCCACCGGUCAGCUCCUUGCCACCCGGAACCGGUGCCAUGGAGCCGCGAGCGUUCGGUACGGAUGCUGCAGAAGGAUAUGCAUCCACCGGUCCGGUCGUUUCGGGGUUGAUGGGCACGCAGGAAGUGACGGGCGAGGCGAGUGUUAGUGUGGUCCGGGGCGCUGGUGAUGAUCGUCCGGCUAGUGGUGAUAGUGCUACCGGUGCUAAUGGCGAUAGUGUGUUGCGCGAUAAUGGCGAUGAGGUGGAAUAUAAUCUCCCGAACGGGAGUGUGCCAUCUGGUGCGCAGGAAGCCGACGGGCGUUUGGGUGAGUUGAGGCAGCAGAGAAAACAACAGAAACCAAAACCGACCGAACGGCACGGUGAGUGUGACAGUGUGCGGAAGCGGGUAUCGCAGCUGGAUCGUUUCGAGCUGGAGCGGUCGAUGCGAAAUGGCUCCUUCCGGGAGUACAACAUCCGGAAUGCACUCAACUACCGGUGCUCCGGGAAGAACCACUGCAGCUUCGUCUUCUCACAGGACCACCCGUUCGCCGUCGUCUGGAAGGAAGGGACGGUGCGCAUCAAGUACAUCUGCAUGGACGACUUCCGUAUCAGCAAGUACUGCGGUGAGCAUCUGAUCGUUGGCAAUGAGGUCCACUGGGAACCGCUGGACGGUGACAGCGACGAGGACUCGACCGAUGGUGACGACGAGAGCUACCAUCCUGCAUACGGUACCGGGGCGGAGACGGCCGGAAGUUCGGGAACCGCCUGGCGGCACCAAACACCGAACGAACCAACGACCGAUGGUAUCGCUAAUGGAUCCGCUAAUGAUGUGCCCGGCUCCGACGAACAACCUUCCGCAGCACGGGAUCCCAACGAAGGUGGCGAAGAUUUGCGGGACGAAUCUUUGGUGACGCUCCAAGAACGCCAUUAUGCUGCCGGUGGGUCUGCCUCCCCGUAUCGGCGAUUGAUGCGGGCCGGUGAACCACGAGCCGAAGCGCUACAGGCGGCCACAGUACAUUCGUUUCACAAUUUGAAAAUUCUCAAACCCGUCGACGACGAAGAGGAGGAGGAGGAGGUGGCAAUGCGCGAACAGCACCAGCAACAAAAGCAUCCACAGCAGCAUCAGCACCACCAGCAGCACAACGAUACGGAUAUGGAUCGCAAUCAGCAGGAGCCCGAGGUGGCAACCCGCAGCCGGAACCGCCAACGGCAGAAAGUUUUCUCCCAGGACUUUCGCGUGCUGAAAAUUCUACCCUCCAAUCUGGACGUGGUGGAGGACAUCAAGCAGAUCGGCAAUGAGUACUACUUCAAGAAGGACGUCGAGGUCGUGGCCGACGAUAGGGAAAAUGAAAUUGUGGAUAGUGCGGGCGGAAGGAAGGAUCAACCGGCAGUGAACUCCACGACCACCGGUGACGGUGACACCACCAGCAAUAUGACGGAAACGCUGGACAUUGUCGUGCUGCCUGCACCAACGAAGGACAUCGAAAUUUACGACAACGAGCUCAUGCCAGAUGAAGCGGCUAGUUCACGGCCGGAUGAUGAUAUCAGUGUAAUUGGUUUGAUAACGCCUCCACGAAUCGCGGUCACCUCGUCCAUGACAACUGCAUCCGGCGAGGGUACGAGAUUGUCCACUAGCAGUACACCUUUACCACCUACCGGUGCGGUGAGCGUCGAAACGACACUCGGACAUUGGGACGUGGAUCGGCUGGAUCUUCCCGAACCGGCGGAAGACCCGGUACAACUGUCGGGCGAAAACCGGACCAGCUUUGCAGUGGAUGAAAGUGCACCACCGUUCAGCUUCAACAAUCGAACGUUCCAGACAAUGCAGGAAACGGUACGGAAAGAGUUCGACGAGAGUCAGGGUCCCUACCCACCGCUCGGUGGGUAUGACGACGGCGAGGAGGAUGAUUUCGAGGAUGAAGAUGAUGCCGAUGAGGAUGAUCGGGGUGAACAGUACGGCAGGGGUGGUGGAACACGACGAUUUAAUCCAAACGGCGGACGGCUUGGCAAGUCCCACAAAAAGCACAUGAGUGUGCAGCGGACAUUACUGAAGCAUCCUCUCCGGCAAGGGUUUCUCAUGACGCCCAGCUAUCCAAAGUAUUACAUCGGCGACAGUACCUGCCGGUGGACACUCUACGCCGGAGUGCAUCAAAGGAUUAAGCUUACCGUGCUGGACCUAGCAUUACGCUAUGACGACGAGUGUCGAGAUUAUCUGCAAGUGGUCGAUCUUAACACGAACCAGACGCUUUUUCACAGCUGCACCGAAAGCAGCCGUCCGAUCGAGAUCGUCAGCAUACAGGAACGCCUUGAGGUUUCUGUACGGACGACAACGAAAGUCAUCUAUCCCAAACGCGGUGUGCUAGUCCAUUAUACAGCAUUAGGCUGCGAAUUGCCAUCACCAACGCCCGGGCACAUGCGGCUGGUGCGAAGAACUGAACACCGCGUAAAGUACGUCUGUGAUCCAUUGCACGUGUUUCCUGAUACCGGCGAAAGUGUUCGGGAGCUAAUCUGCACAGCGAAACACACCUGGAAUCGUCCACUUCCGGCCUGCAUAGAAAAAAGAGCUACCGAAGGGAGCGGUCUUGUGUCGCAUUACGAACAGAAGCGAAGAUACAGCGAUAGUGACAACAUGUCGGAUAAGCAAGCGGACACUGUUUACGAUAUUCUCAUUCCCUCGCUCAUCAUAGCGGGCCUAUUUGUUGUUAAUGGCAUCGUGUUUGCGGUCAUCAUGCGGUACCGCAACAAGAGAAAGCAACGCCUUGAUCUAGAGAGUAAGGAACUGGCCGAACUGUAAAAGU